CAUUAGCGGAAACGAAGCCGCUGCCGCUUGGGCUGCGCCCCUCGGUUUGCCCGUAGGCCUUGGCGGGCUCUGCUUGCAAGAGCAGGAAGAGGCGGGCAGGCGGAGGCGGGGGAGAGCGAGAGGAAAAAGGCGGGAGCAUUGUAGUGCGGGAAACGUCUCCCUGUAGGGAUUUGCUACUUGUGGGGCACUGAGCAUGGGGGGCAGUACCGCGUGGCGCCUUGGCUGGCUGGGGUGGGGGAGAGAAACAAGGGGGGCGACCCCGGUGUGUUUUUCGCUCGGCGGCGCAUUUGCUUUCCGAACGCUCCGGCCCCCCUUCACUUCAAGAAGCAGUGGCCUUGCAUUGCAGCACGGGCAGGUUAGGUUGGACAUUAGGAAAAAUUUCCUGUCAGGGUGGUUAAGCACUGGACUAAAUUGCCGAGGGAGAUUGUAGACUCUCCAUCAUUGGGGAUUUUUAAGAGCAGGUUGGAUAAACACCAGUCAGGAAUGGUCUAAUAUUUAGUCCUGCCUUGAGGGCAGGGGACUGGACUAGAUGACCUCUCAAGGUCCCUUCCAGUUGUAUGAUUCCCCCUCCCUGGAGCAGAGGCAGCUGCUGGAGGGGCAGGGGGGAGAGAGGGAGUGGCUGCCCUUGGGACAAGGGUGCUGGACAAGGAGGACGGUAGGUAGGAAGCCAAGGGGGCUACGAUAGUGCCAGCGUGCUCACAGGACUCCUGUUCUGUCUGCGGCCUGAUAGGCAGAGCAAGCUGCAGGAGGAGACAGCUGCUGCGUGUGCAGAGCAGGGGCAUUUCUGCAAGUGUAAGUCACACUUGGUAGUGUACAAAUCAGAGCAUGCAGGCUUGUACUGUAUGGCUUGCACGUGGCAUAGUGAUUACUUCUCCCAGUUUUCCCCAUAAGAGUUCAUCUUGACUUUCUUUUAUUCUUUUAAGAUCCUUCUAAUCGUGUGUCAUUUCUUCAUAAUUGAAAAGCCUUUUUCAUUGUCAGCAUGAUUGCCUGUCAGAAAACAAUAUGUAUGCCUGGACAUCACUGAUUCUGGCAGUUUUUUGCCAUCCUUUUUGUGUACAGCUGUAUUUUCGACUAGUGGCCUCUGCCUUAGGGAUGAGAACAUGGGUGGCCACUGGGUCAAGGGUAAUCUUAUACCCUCUUCAUGGGCAUAGGCAACACCUGGGGAAAGAAGUCUGUGCAGCUCAGAAAAUGGUCCUUUCCUCCAAGCCCUUAUUGGGGAAAGUUGCAGUAACGCAACACUGAUAUUCUUAAUUUAUCUCCGUUAUCUGCUGCUACCACUUUCCCACCUUUUCAUCUCCAACCAAGCUAUGCCAAACAUACUGUAUACAGAAAUAGGAGCGUAACAGAGGUGAUUGUCUUUUGAGGAGACAGGGGAGGGAAUAUGCUAUUGGUCAUCAUGACCAAUGUCCUGUAAAAUGCCAGUUCAGAACCGCAUGACAUCUUGGUGCAUAUAACUGUGUCACUUGCUAUGAGUCUAGGUGGCAUUAGCUUGUCACCACAUUCCAGCUUCAGUUACACUGUGAUGAUAUUGCAACUGAAAAGCUUCAUGGUACUGUUGCAGUGAAUGGCAUGUUAUGUUCCUGUAGAAAUUACCAUAAAACUUCUCUCGCUGGGGGGUGAGGGGGUUAAUUUAGAAAGAGAAUACCAGAAUAAAGGAGCAAGUGGUAUGUAUACUUUCCCCCUCAAUCUCGGAGUCUCUGCCCCUGCAAGGUGAGAACCUGCUUGACAGAAGCCUCAAUGGAGUGAAUUGAGGCAAGAGGAAAAAUCAUAGGCCUGCUACUGUGCUCCACCUAUGUGGGAGGGGGUCAAAUUUCUAACAGCUAGAAGGUUAAAUGCACACUGGGACUCGGAGCGGUGUGUGGGGCGGGAGCUGAAUGCUAAACUGGCACAUCUGCAGCCUUGGAUGCCUUUAUACCAUUCCACAGUUUGUCAGCUUUCUAAAAUAAACUAGAGCUGUCAAGCGAUUAAGCAGAUUAAUCGCAUGAUUAAACAAUAAUAGAAUUUAUUUAUUUGAAUAUUUUGGAUGUUUUCUACAUUUUCAAAUAUAUUGAUUUAAAUUACAACACAGAAUACAAAGUAUACAGUGCUCACUUUAUAUUUAUUUUUAUUACAAAUAUUUUCACUGUAAAAAAACCCAAAAGAAAUAGUAUUUUUCAAUUUACCUGAAACAAGUUUUUUAGUGCAAUCUCUUUAUCAUGAAAGUUGAACUUACAAAUGUAGAAUUAUGUACAAGAAAGACUGCAUUAAAAAAUAAAACAAUGUAAAAUUGUAGAGCCUGCAAGUCCACUCAGUCCUACUUCUUGUUCAGCCAAUCGCUCAGACAAACAAGUUUUUACAUUUGCAGGAGAUAAUGCUGCUGGCACAUAAAUACCUUGAAAUGCCAUCUACAAAAGUGUCUUGCAAAUGCCUGUUCUCACUUUCUAGUGACAUUGUAAAUACGAAGAGGGCAGCGUUAUCUCCUGUAAAUGUAAACAAACUUGUUUGUCCUAGCGAUUGGCUGAACAAGCAGUAGGACUGGGUGGACUUGUAGGCUCUGAAGUUUUCUAUUGUUUUGUUUCUGAGUGCAGUUAAGUAACAACAACAAAAAUCUACAUUUGUAAGUUGUACUUUCAGGACAGAUUGCAUUACAGUACAUGUAUGAGGUGAACUGAAAAAUACUAUUUCUUUUGUUUAUUUUUACAGUGCAAAUAUUUGUAAUCAAAAAUAAUAUACACUUUGAUUUCAGUUACAACACAGAAUACAAUACUUAUGAAAAUGUAGAAAAACAUCCAAAAUAGUUAAUAAAUUUCAAUUGGUAUUCUGUUGUUUAACAGUGCGAUUAAAACUGUGACUAAUCGCGAUAAAUUUUUUUAAUUGCAAUUAAUUUUUUUGAGUUAAUCACGUGAGUUACCUAUGAUUAAUUGACAGCCCUAAAAUAUACUGAUGCAGUGUUAGUAAUGGGGUGUAUAAUGCUUCAGUCAAAAGUGUGUGUGUGUAGGAGGAAGGGGAGAGAACUUAAUUGUUCUUAAUUAACCAAAAUGUAUUAUGGUUUUUCAUAUUUUUAAAUGUUUUAAAUCUGCCCCAGUUUCAUACAAAAAAAUCAAUUCAAGCCCUGGUAGUUCAUAUGAGAAAUGUGAAGGGUGAGAUAGUGUGAAGUUUCCCUUUUAGUGGGAGCAUCACCUGGCUGGUAUUUUGGCCAGCUUUGGCUUUUGUUAGCUAUUUUUACCCACUGUGUUUAAUUUUGUAUUUUUCUUUUAUAAUUUAUUUUACGUGCACUUGUGUGUGUUCUUUUUGCCCUUGGGCUACCAUUCCUAGUACCCUAGUGGAAGCCACCUCCACCUGCAACUUAAACUUUUAAAUAAAACCUGUGCUCGGCGGCUGUGCGCUGUGUCAAAGACAACUCCUGUGUCGAUUGCCUGUUUUUUACAAUUGUUCCCCAGGGGUACACAUUUGGCGCCGAGCCGACAAAAAGUUAAUGCGGCUCUGCACUGUGAUAGCACCUGGGAGCCCCAGUCCUGGACCAUUGUGCAAGGCAGUCUAUAAACACAGCAAAAAGGCUGGCCUUGCCCUGCCUCUGAGAGUUUAGCAUUUGUUCACUGACAGAUUCUUCCAAUAACGAUUUCAAAGCUAGUAGCGGAACUUGGAUGUUGCUUUGCAGCCGUUUUUAAGUUAGGUACCUUCCCCUCACUGAUUUGAUAAUCUGGAGAUCUUGCCAUUAUUUAUUAAUAUCUUCGGCUGGUGUCCAAAGGCUCCAAUUAAAUUUGGGGUGCCUUUUUUUUUAGAUGCUGCACAAAUACAAAAUAAUUCAUAGUCCCUGCCCCCAAAGAGCUAACAACGGAAUGUAUUUAACACUUAAAAGCUGUGUAUACAUUUACUCUCACAAAACAAUAAAAGAUUGCAAACAAAAAAACAUAAUUUAUUAUUUGUAUUAAGAGGACAGGUGUGCAAGGAUCUUCGCGUGGUUUCUGCCCUGAAGCACUUAUAGUUUAGAAGUUUAAAAUGACAACAAAGGAUGGAGAGAACAAAUUAUAGCAGAAAGGGAUGAAAUGGACAAGUUUAAAUCCACAUGAUCAUGUAACUCACUUCAUGCAAAUUUUUAGCAAACUUUUUUUAAGUUUACAUUUUUGUAGUUCACUUCUUUCAGGCUUUGUGACAAAAGUGAAUUUUUGGGAGAGAGUUAGACCAAGUUUGUCAAAAGUGACUUGAUUUUCCGUGGCUCAGUUUUUUGGGGGGCCAACUUAAGACUGAUUUUCAGAGGUGAGCUUUCAGCACUUUCUUAAAAUCAGGCCUCUUUAAGGUGUCUCAAGUUGGGCAUUCAAAAAGGAAAGCAUCCCAAAUCACUAGCUACUUAGGAAAAUUUCCCCACAGUGACUUGAAAAAUAGGUUGUAGGAGAGUGUUCCAGGCAUAUUUGUAGAGAUGGUGCAGAGAUGUUUGUGUGCGGGGAUGAAGGGAUGUUAAUAGUGGUGUCACUGGGAGAGCAGAAGGGGUAGAGGGAAUGUGACAGACUAGUUAAGGACAUUAUUGACUGCCAAAAUAAUUGGCAUGAAUUAAUAAGGGGAUGAACAUCCACUGUUACCGUUGCUACACUGGUCUUAUGCCCCUGGAAAUUCUGUAUCAUACUAGGAGAAUCCCCAGCUGGCCACUUAGAUCAUCUUGAAGGCUGCUUUGUUAGCUGGAACGGCACAAAGUACUCUUACUGGGAGCAAGGAUCUGGUCCUAAUUUUUUUGUAAUGACAGUAAUUCAGUUUUUCUGGUGGGACAGCUAUGGGAAAGGGACAGACGCAUAGACAGAAAUCAGGGUAGGAAUAUUACUUUUAACUGGGCAUCCUUGCCAACAGAAUGUUCAUCAUUAUACCUUUAUAGAGUACCAUUUAAAAAUUAUUCCCAUCUGGAAUAUAAUUAGAAUUAUUGAAACAUUCUAAGUAAAAUGUAAUAUUUACUAAAAGUAACAAAAAAGUCAUCACUUUUAAAGCAAACAAGUGAUGCAAAAUUCUCAAAAGGGUGAGAGAGACUUGUCAAAAUCUGCUCCCCUGUGGAACAGGGCCAAGAAUAGAUGAGGUGCAAAUUCUGAGAUGUUUCGCUCUAUCAGAAAUUGCAUCCCUUGAGAGGGCUGAGGACAAGCGGUUUAAACAAUUGCUGAAGGAUGGCAGAGAAACGCAUCAGAAAUCACAUCCCCCACGUGUCCUCUGUCCUGGUUCAAGGGAUGAGAUUUCUUAUGGAGAGGAGCGAAAUGUUUAAGAAACAUGAUCAGAACUAAGGACAGGUGAGGAGAUAGAAUUUUGGAAUUGGUUGUCUGUCACCUGGAAAUUACAUCACCUCCCUCUCUUUAUUCCUGAUCCAGAGAAUGCAAUUUCAAGGGGUAAGAGAGCGCAUCCAUAGACUGCUCCAGUCCAGGCAUUUUUGAUAUAGAAUUCAGACUUUACUUAGGAUUUAAUUUUGGAAGGAGGAGCCAAAAAUGAAAUGGAUGUAGUGUUAAAAUUUGCCAGUGUCUACAAAUAUAUACAAGGUCUAUGCUUUUUUUUUUUUUUUUACUAAAGGCUAGCUCAAAGGGAAAGCACAGGUGGCUGAUCACCUGUUCGUGUUAUUGUAAAAGCAGAGAGUUAUUGGCAAAUGACACUCAGCUCCACCCAAUGCUUCUGUGCAAGAGGAAAUUAAAUCACGACGGAGUGUACGAAGGGUCGCGGUUCCAGGGCUGCUGUGCAUUUAAAUGCAGCCCUCUGCCUUUACAAGUGAUCGUGCAGAGCCAUGUUUGUCAACAGAUUCCCAGGAGCACUCAUGCUUUGAGAUGGUACUAGCGCAGCCUCCCCUAAUCCAGGGUAUGGUAGGCAGGAGUGAAUGACAGGCUGUGUCUGAUAAAUAUUGCAGCAGCAGCCACCGAGCUUCCUCUAGAAAAGUAUGCGUAUCUCCCUGCUGUCCUUGACCCACAAUGCUUUGCAAUUCUAAUGGCCAACCUAUUCCUCAGGGAGGGUGGAGGGGCACGGUGCUGCUCUCCAUUCAAUAACACUGGUGGUGACAGCCCAACAAAGAUCAGCAUUAAGAAGAUGAAUAAUGCAGCUGCUCCUUCAGCAAGCUUUGGGGGAGGGAAAUGUUGUUUUCCAGUGCAGCUGGCUAGCUGAGUAUUUUUAUCCUACUGUUAUAAAACAUUAAAUCACGUGUGGGGGGGGGGAGGGGGAGUGCAUGGUGUUUGCUUACUGCAUCCACAGGAUGUGGUGAUAUUUGUAUCUACUCCACUCUAUCUUAUAGGCAGAAAAGGUUAGAGUCCUUUGUUUAAGACUGUGGAAAAUGAUGUAAAAAAAAAAAAAAAAAAAAAGGUGCAACUUGCAAAUACUCUUUAAAAGGAAUAAUAAUGGGACCAAGCAUUCAAGAUUACCUCUUACUACUGCAGCGAGGGACACUGAAAAAGGACAGCCAAAUCCAUGAAACCCACAAAGGAAUGGUAAUUUCCAGUGGUGGAAAGGGACAUCCAAGUACCAAAGGACUAGAGAAACCACUUCCCCAUGUGAGACCUUCUUCCAGCAGAUUAGGCAAAAGUAUUUUAAAUACCACGAAAAAGACUUUUCAUUGUGCCCAGGAUGAUAGUCAACCAAGUUUUCUUUAUAAGGAAAGAAACAAGCUAGAUGAGGCUCAUCAGCAAAACAGAAUGAUGAGUGUUUGCACAUCACUGUACAAAGUACGAGGGGCAAAGAAGGACCUCAAGGAAAGAAAAAGUGAAUCUGGACUAUACAGAACCCCUUCCAAUUUGAAGGGGAAUUCACAAGGUGGCUCCACCAGGGAAGAAGAUGGACUGAUGCAAAGAUUUUAUUCCAAUCAAAAAGGAGAAUCUCAAAGAAGUCUUGGAGAGCAUGUGACUGAAGCUGUCCCUUGCACUUCUAAAUAUCCAGGGACCUCUGUGAAUGAGAUGCUUCUUGACUUUGAAUCAGUGAGAAUUAUUCAAGAGGAUGCUGCUGAGGACAGUGCCAGUGACCUUUCUGACUCAGAAAGAAUUCCCAUUCCCCCUUCCCCCUGUACACCGCCGGAACUCAACCUCCGAGCUGAAGAAAUUGACCCAGCAUGUUUUGAACACCUCUUUGAUGCGAGGUAUAAAGAAUCAAUGUAUUAUUAUCCUGACUUCCUCCCACCCCCUUUCAACUCCUGGGACCUGCAGCAGCUGGCAAUGUUUGUUAACACAGAGUGUAAAUUGGAAUCUCGACCACAGCCAGCAGGAUUUCUUGAGAAAUAUAUCGAUCGGCUUUUGCAGCUGGAGUGGCUGCAGGUGCAAACUAUACAGAAUGAGAAAGGAAAGACAGCCAAAGCUAGGCCUCAGACGGCUCCUAGUAUCAUUCGGACCCUAAAAAGCCCUGGCAAAGGCAAAUCAUUGCAUAGCCUUUUGCCUAACAAGCAGUUAACUCCCCAAGAAAGUGUUAUAAAGCUCCCCACCAGCCUUUCAGGUCACAGAAGAGAUGUACACUGUGAAGAAAAUAGCCAGUUAAAUGCAUAUCCAAGUCACUCAAAAGUUGCUGAGGUGAUGGGUGGCACGUCAUCCCCACAGAGACGUGCCUGUGAAAUGAGGAAUGAGGUGAAAAAGAGGUCAACCACCAAGCAGCAACUUCUCAAUAUGCAGCCCUGUGCAAGCAGCUCUAAGAUUCAGGAUGUUGGUAUUCAGGAUGUUGGUAACAUUAGACCCCUCAAACACUCCCCCAAGUUCCAUAGUUCAGCUGCCCCCAUCCAGGGGAGAAACACACAGGCAUGUUCAAAUCUGAAGAAUGGAAAUGCUAAUAAUUAUGUUCCUUCCAAGAAACCAACAGGGGACCGGAAGUUAAAAACAAAUGGUGUGAAGCAAACAUCAUGUGCAUUUAAAUAAUGAAGAAUCAUUUAUUAGUAAAUUGGCAAUGCAAUGCUGACUGCUGGAGAGCAGAGGGGCCGUGGUUUUUCCAUCAGGAAAUCCUGUAGAAAAUUGUUCUUGAUGCAAAUUUCUGCCCAUUGGAUCUUAAACUGGGCCAACAGGUAAUACUUUUCUCUGAAGGCAAAUGUCUUCCACUGGUCUUUACUCAAAGGGUAGACACUUGCUUAUGUAAGAGGAUUCUAUCUAAUAAGGUCAGGAAAACAUAAAAUGUCUGAUUUCUUGUCACACUGACACCCAUGUAACUUCACUGACUUCAGUGGAGUUACUCCUGAUUUACACUGGUGUAUGUGAGAGAAGAAUCAAAUCCAUACAUUCUCCAUUGAGCAGACACACAUGUGUGUCGUAUAAGGGGAAACAGAUUUGCUUUUCUUUCUGAUGGAGAAGAGCUUAGAAGAUUUUAUAAGAUAAUGGAACUGGCCAGGCUCAUCUAUGCAAAGUCAAAGUCUCUGAUUCUUGAGGGAAGAGCAGGAAAUCGGACUGUGAGGAGCAGAGAGAAGAGACUGUUUUGAAGUAAUCUUCCGGGUCAGAAGAGAUUCUACUAGUUAAAAUCAUACUACUGCUAAAGGAUUGACACCUGCUCAUCUAGUGACAGGCAAAGAAUAUGGCCUGGAUAUUUUUAUACAGCUACCUUUGUUGUAGUGUUAGACCAUUUUCCUUAAAGUCCACCUUGUAGGUCUUGCUGUUUUGUGUCAUUUAGAAGGUGACCCUCUUAACGUUUUGAACUAUUACCACUCAAGAAAGAGAUCUUGGAGUCAUCCUGGUUAGUUCUCUGAAAACAUCUGCUCAGUGUGCAGUGGCAGCCAAAAAAGCUAAUAGAAUGGUAGGAACUGUUUGGAGAAGGACAGAUAAGACAGAAAAUAUCAUAAUGCCACUAUAUAAAUCCCUGGUACACACACACCUGGAAUACUGCAGUUCUGGUCACCUGUAACAGAGUGCACUCACCUCUCGUCAGUGCCCCCUUGGCCAAGUGCACACACUUGCACACUCUCUCUUUCUGAUAGUCCCUCCUCUGGGAUAGAGCAGCACCCCAGGGCUCCCACCCUGGAGACAAUGUCUUUGCCCUCUUGGGACUUCCUGGCUGCAGCUCUCCAUCUGGGUCACUAUAGUUCAGUUCCCCCUCUGGGGUGUCUCACUGUCCAGGCCACUUCCCCCCAGUGGCUGAUGGGGGAUGAGGUGUGGGGACCCAGGCCCACCCACUACUCUGGGUCCCAGCCCAGGGAUGCUGUAGAUCGCAGCCAUCUGCUGUGUCCCUUUAACUAUGUUGUAUGGCUUCUCUAAUUCCCUGGGCCACUUCCCCACGCUGUCUUCACCUUUACCUCAGGGCCUUGUCCUAAUGGAGUCCCAGCAACCAGCUUAUAGCUCCUUCUCACUCUCCCCAACUUACGGUAGCGCUGCCCUGUCCGGGGUUCUGUAGCUCUGUCAGCCCACCACAUAUCACCCACACUCCUACAACUCCAGCAAGGAACUGAUCUCCCUCUGGCCCUGCAGCUCUUCUUAUACAAGGCUGCUGGGCCCUGACUGGUUGUAUCCCACACAGCCACUCUAGGCAGCUUGGAGGACCCUCUCCACUGCCCUUUUUUGGGGGCAGGGUGUGGCUGGGCCAUGAGGCCUCUAGCAGGGGACCACAGAAGGUUUGGUAUAUCCCGUAACAUCAUCCCAUCUCAAAAAAAUUAUUUAGAAUUGGAAAAAGUACAGAGAAGGGCAACAAAAAUGAUUAAGGGCAUGGAACUACUUCCAUAUCAGAAGGACUAAAAAGACUGGAACUGUUCAGCUUAGAAAAGAGAUGACUAAGCGGGGGAUAUGAUAAACUUCUAUAAAAUCAUGAAUGGUGUGGAGAAAGUGCAUAACAAAGUGUUAUUUGCCCCUUCACAAACAAGAACCAGGGGUCACGCAGUGAAAUUAAUAGGCAGCAGAUUUAAAAUGAACAUAAGGAAGUAUUUCUUCCCACAGUGCACAGUCAACCUGUGGAUCUCGUUGCCAGGGGAUGUUGUGAAGGCCAGAAGUAUAACUGGGUUCAAAAAAGAAUUAGAUAAAUUAAUGGAGGAUAGGCCCAUCCAUGGCCAGUAGCUAAGAAAGUCAGGGACACAACCCUGUGCUCUGGGUGCCCUUAAGCUUCUGCCUGUCAGGAGCUGGGACUGGAUGAUAGGGGAUGGAUCCCUUGAUAAUUGGCCUAUUCUGUUCAUACCCUCUGAUGCUUCUGAUACUGGCCACUGUCAAGAGACAGGAUACUGGGCUAGAUGGGACUAAAGAUCUGACCCUGUAUGGCCAUUCUUCUGUUCACUCUCUUGUGAUUGGGCCCUUUAUCUUGAAAGCUCCUGUUCAUUCUCAGCUCCUAGUGAUGGCAAUGGAGGUUGAAGUUACUGAAUAGUUUGCAGGACUGGGGCCACAAUGGUUUAGAGAAAAGAUGAAUCUCUUCCCUUUCCAGUAAAGAUAAGUUUGUUGUAAAACAACAGCCUGGUCUUGUCUAUGUAAAAAUCACACUGUUACGAGUGACAGUAAUUGGAUUCAAACAACCCUUGAAAAUAUUUCCGCGCCCCCCCCCCCCCAACAUUGGAAGCAAAAUUAGGCCCAGUGGAGUAAUGUUACUAUUUCCCAGGAGGAGGAAUGAGUUAAAGCACAGCUAUUCCAGACUUCUCACUUCAAUCAGCUCUUCUUUCAUAGCUUUAAAAAGAGGAUGUGACUGUCAUGCUGGUGAGAGGUGAACUGACAGCCCUAGGGAAUGAAGCUAUUUGUCUACACAGCCUGGGCAGUGAGAGUGGCAGCCUUCCCCUUUCAGCCCUCCCCUCCAGGUCUGUCUCCGCUGUGGUGAUUCAGUGUUUCAGACCAUUCUUCCCUCUCAUUGCUGGGGCUGCCAUUUGUGGUGGUGGCUUUCAUGAUAUGGACACCUGUCCCUGGGAACCUGUCUUUUUCAUAUCUUUCUUUAGUGUGAUUUCUACCACCUGGUCAGCCGGGAGAGAUGACAGUUGUCAGGAGCAAGGUAGCCGAAGAAUUAUGUUAAUUACACAUUUAUUUCAAUUUCUAGACCAAAGACACAGAAGUAACCAUUGCCCUAUCCUUUUGAAAUUACUGUGUCUUGUGGCAUUGCUUUCCCUAGCUCUACAGAAUUUCUUUGGCUAAAACAAACUGAUCAGUGGACAGAAACGAUGGAGGGUUUGGUGUAGCAUUUUUCUAGUCAAUCUGGGACAGCUGUAGAUUGAUUUUAUGGUUACUCCUUCCUUGUCCAGAAUGUCCCACAUAAAAUGGCUGGGGAAACCUUCAGGCUCAUAUGUAUGGUAUCUGUAAUGAUCUCUUAAGCCUUUUGUGUUGCCUGAACCUUUCCCCCCUCUCCCAAUCAUUUAUACUCAAGGCCCUUUUUCCAGCCUACUCGGAAAAUGUCUGAGAACCGGACAACUGGCUUAUGGCUCUGUUGCGAUUUCCUCUCCCUCUUCACACAAAAUUUCUAGAUGAAACUUCUGUACUUUCUGAUCAGUUCCACAUCUCCUACAAGGUUUGAAGAAUAAGGAAAAAUGAUGGAUCCCAUUAGAUUGUGGCCUGAUUUUCAAAUGUGCCGAGCUCUGCAGCUCCCAUUGAAAAUCAGGCUACUGGGGAGAGGGUUUAACAUGAUGUGUUCUACAUGCUUUCUGCUGAAGCACCGAUACGUCUUUAGCCCCUUUUCAAUCACUUACAUACAUCUCCACCUACAGUCCAUAGCACUGGCCUGCAGUCCACUCUACUUCACCUUGUUUGGGUUCCAAUUUCAGGAGUGGGUGAAAUGAUUCCAUAUUGUGAAAUCUGCUGUAAUGUGAUGCAGAAAGUAACUCUACAGCCAGGAUUGUGCACUGUUUCAGGACCAUGUUUGGGCUGCAGUGUUUGUUUUGGGAGAGUGGAAUUCUGUGAAAGACAGGAAAGUAGAGAGAUUAGCGUAAGGGCUACCAAAGAAUUGUAGGAUGAGAUCAUCAGCUGGUAUAAUUCCAAGCCCAGGGAAUGACACAGAUUUACGGCAACUGAGGAUACAGCCCUGCCUUUUCAAAACAAAGGAAAAAAAUCUGAAAAAAGUUUGAUUAUUAUUUUUAAAGAAGAAAAUAUUUAUAUAGCAGAUGCUAAACUUCUGCUCCAGGGACCAGCAUCAGAGCUGUUCCCUUGACAUGUGACUAAGUCAUGACUCUUCAGUAGCUCUUGCCUAUUAUGGUUUACAUUGAGAAGCUGUAAAUACAAGAGAACAAAUUAAGCUAUUUAAAUUAUGUUGCUAUUGGUUGAACUCGCUAUCUAAAAUGCUGAGUUGUUUCUUUUUCGACAUUGUGUGCUGCCUGACUUCAGCUCUGUAAACUUUUAUAGCAUGUAUUUAUAACUACUUUGGAAAGAUGAAUGUUCAUAAAAGUAGUAAUAAAAUAGAAUAUUUUACGGUACAUUCAAAAUGAAGUCAUAUGCUCAGGAAUAGUUUGAUGUUGUUUUUUUUUAAUGUUGUCUUCCUAGUCAACUCUAGGCCAAACAUGUGCAUCUCUGAUAGAAUGAUGGAAGAAAAUCACUUUAAUAUAUCAUAUUCUUUCCAUUUUUAAUAAUCAAGCCAGGUUGCAAUUAUUUUAAAACUACUAUAGUUGCAUGUCAUGACUGCAUGUAGUCAGCUAAGGUGAAGUUCAAGUGCCUGUGCACAAAAAUCAAAUAAAUUGGCUUUAUUAGAGGGGGGACUACCUGCAAGCUGCAGUACAACCCUUGUAUCUGCUGGUCUAUCUUUUUUCAGAGACAGCAUGACACUCCGCCUUUUGGCUUAAAGGGUCUUGAGUCCAAAGGGUGAGUUUCAUCCUUUGGGCCCAAUCCUGUAAACUUUCAUUCGUAUGAGUACUCCUUUACUCACAUGAGUAAUUCCCUGGAAGUAAGUGAAAGUACUCAAGAGUAAGGAUUACACACGAGUGAAGGUGUGCAGGAGCAGGGCCAUAAUCAUUAAUACUUAUUUUAAAAGCCAAAUUCCAGUAAAACCAGGAAUCUGUCAUUCAGUGAGUAUUACCAGAAACAAGAUUCUCCUCUGAAAAGUGACUAUAUAAACUGCACUUAUUUGAUUGUUUGCAUACAUAGUUACACAAGUUAAGUAUCCAGAUACAAGUUGGCACUGACAUUUUUAAAAGAAAAUUUGCUAUUAAAGUCCUAGCUUUCAGCAUUGAGAUCAGUGUGGCAGUCUACACAUGUAAGAACUAUUUCAAUCUGCUUUAAACAGAGCUAUGGUAGUUUACGCUGGAAGGGCUGGAAAGCUUUGUUUUUAAAUGAAAGCUUGUAUUCUGCAGUAUCUGAAUCUGUCACAGAAGGCCAAAUAAAUUCAUCAAGCAGGUAAGAAUGGUGAUGCCACUGGUGUAAGUCAUAACACUUGUUAAAUUACUGAACAUCAGUUUGGCCUAAUAAACACAAAAGUCUGGUCUCCUGUUAUUCCUAACAAAGCCUCCUUUCCCCAUUUUUAGAACUAAACUGUCAUGUUUUCUCCAAACAACAAUUCUUACAUAUUUUAUUCUUAGCACCAGGUAAUGGAUCCAGACCAAAACAAACUAAUGAAGCAAAUAUCCCCUUUAAGAAGGUCUCAGGGAAAGCAGCAAUCUUAACAGAGUUCAUAAGGUCCUUACCUCAGAUCCCUGGUUCAGAGCCUCCAAAGUUAGUAAGGAAACAAAAUCUCUGGUCUUGCCCGAGAGGAGGCAUUGAGACCACAGCCUACAUAGCUUCUAACCCCCUUCAUCCUGCUCCAGUUCCUUUUCUUGUUUAAAUAACUCAACCCCAGGGCAGGGGGACCUUGAUUACACCCAAACUAGUUUGGUUGUAGGCUUCACCCUGUUCCUUAAAGGCAUAAUGGUUCCUCCACAGACCAGUAGAUGGUGAGAUUUGGACUUUAUUCUCCAGCCCUUACUUGAAUUUGAUAUCCAUUUUUUGUUUUCCACCUCUACUUCCAUUUUAGCUUGUGCACAUACUGGGCCUACGAUGAAUGCAAUCAUUUAUGCACAGGCUCAAAGUACACACUUCACUCAUUUUGUAUACAUUUUCCAGACUUUUCAUUCAGGGAUAUAGCCUUCAGGAUCACAAGUAUAAAAGGAACAGACCAGUUUUUAUUGAACUGAAUUUAUUGUGUUUGAUUUUAAAGUCAUUCCUGUUUUUUAUUGUUGUUACAUUAUGCUUACGUUAAUGUCAAGAACACCUUUUGCAGAUAAUCUUAAAAUUCAAGGUUUUUUUUGAACAUCAAAUUUAUCUUGAUUUGGAAUAUCUUACUAAGGUGAUUUAUUACAAGUUUAGGGAACCCAAGGUUCUAGCUGUUUAUUUCCUUCUGAAAUGAAUACUCUGAGGUUUCACUGUAAAUAUAGGGGGAGAUUUUGCUUCCAGGUAAACUGAUAUAAACCUACAAUAACUCCAUUAUCUUAAAUGGAAUUACUCUGAGUUCAAACUAAACAGAAUUUGGGCCCCAAAUAUUUUUAAGCACAAACAUUUCCUUAUCUACAUUACCAAUAAUACCUCAAAUGAUUAACAUUUAAAAAUGUAAAACCAAUUUACUUUUUUCUAUUUGUACAUGCGUUUGUUUUUUCCUGCAUUUCCCUCAUCUUGCGCAAUGAAAUUAACUUUGCUUGUGGUCAGUUUCUCAUCAAUUUAACAUUGAUGUUCCAGUCUAGUAGUCCCUGCUUUUUAUUGUACUAGUGAAUUCAAAGCCUAACCCCUUUGUAUAAGUAUGAUGGCCCUGUUGAGCCACUGCUACCCCUCUCCCAUCACAUGGGCAAGCUAACUGGCAAUGGAGGUCCAAAUCCCAAUCUUCCAAAAUUUAGCAUACUCUGGGAUUUGAAGUCCUCUAGAGUGUAAUGGACAUUGCAGGUUAGAGGGCACAGAGCUACAUGGGAGUGGGCAGUGGCAGUGCUUACUACAGAGUCUGGAGAUUAUCUUUAAAAUUGACAGGGAAGAUUGGUGCUGGUCGUGGGGCUAGGGAGAAGAGGAAAUUGCUAACUGGCGCAGUAAAACUAUUUGGUACAUGGGUACAGUUGCCCAAAAAUGUUGGGAACCACUGCCCUAGAUCACAGCUAACAAGAAUCACUUGUAACUCUGUAUCCUGCCCCAGCCUUCACUCCCCUAAUUACUCUCCACCACAUAGGAAUAACUCUGUAUGGGCUUGAUACAAAGCACAUUGAAGUCAACGUAAAAAAUCUCAUUGGCUUGAAUGGGGUUUGGAUCAAGCCUUAUAUCACUAAGAUUUCUUAGAUAUGGCCUCAGUCCUAGAAGAUGUUGAAUACCUGCUACAAGGUGCUGAGCGUCCUCCAUUCUUGUUGGAUUCAGAGGGACCUGAAGGUACAUAACACCUCACCAUAUUGACCUUAAGAGCAGAAAAGUCACACCAGAGCAUGUCAACGUGAAAAGGCCAGAACAUCUCACAAGGAUCUAUAUGCAAAGAAAAUCCUCUAUGCAUGGAUCUCCUCCUUCUUAUGUGGAAUGGAGGAUGUCAGAUGCCUUAUCAGCACCCUUCCUCCACCUUCCCCCCAACCACACACACUUUCUAGGCUCCUGUGCAUCACACACACCUCGGCAGGAAAUUGUCCUGGAAGUCAAUACAGCCUGGAGUUCAACUUCUGAAUAAAGAAUGUUCACACUGUAGAACCCCCAUCCAAGAGCAGGGGGUCACAAGGGAAGAGCACGGUACUGAGAGAAGAGCAGUGGAGAAUAGCAUGGAGGACGUGUAGAAGCAGAAUGGAGUGGGAGCAUCUGUGUGAAUGUCCCCCUGCCUCCAUCAUGUUCAACAUGGGACUCAAGGGAUACAUGCAGAGGCUUUGGAAUAAUCCCAUCCUCCCGAGCAGAAAGAUCUCAUUGAUGUUUUCUUCCCUCUGACCCCAUACUGUGGGAAUUUCUGUUUUUAUUAGAUAGAGGAGUGACUUGGCUCAUAAAUAGUACUGCAUAUAGGAUCUGAUUUUUAACUUUAAUUCAUCCUUGUGAGCUGGACCUGUCAUAUAAGAAAAAUGGCCACAAAACAAGUACAGUAGCCCUUAUAUAUAUAUCCUUCAAUAACCUGGCUAUUUUUGCCCACUUAACUUCAUAUUUCCUAAACUUUACCUUAAAAAUCAAAACCCCUGCAUGCUCCCUUUGUAUGUGAUGGUCAUUGCUGUUUCUGAGGCAAUUUACAUCUUGACGCUGUUAUUUCAAGAAUCUAGUACUAGCUACAGAAUUUUUUCCAUGGUGUUUUUGCUGAGAGGGGUUUGUAAUAUUCAGUGUACAGUGCCUUUUUCUGUGUCUUUAAAAUAGAUAAAAUUUCUAUGAUG